GGCGGCGGCGGCGCGGGCGUCUUCGUCGUGCAUCCAGACUGGGCAUCCAAGAGUCUGAAAGCUCGCGAGGCGCUCCCGCCCGAAGACUUCCCCCCGACCGGCGGCGGCGCGAGAGCGAGCCAGGCGAGUCCGUCGCCGCUGUCGCCGCGCGUGCGCGACGACGAGGGAGGCGGCGGCGGCGGCGGCAUCGCGCCCGCGGACGGCGGCGGGACUGGGGAGCUCGUCGCCGCCGCGACGACGCCGCCGCCCGAGGAGGAGGAGGAGCGGCCGUACCUCGGGCGGAUGCGCGCGAAACUCGCGUGCCAGCAGCGCUCGCGGGACCCGCCGAAGGGGGUCAACCUGAACGCGCACAUCACGGACAAGCUCGAGGAUCUCGCGGAGAUUUACGACAAAGUCCUCGGCGAUCCGUACAAGGCGAAGAACCACAACCUCGCGGCGAACGCGAUCAAGGACCUGCCGUUUAAAGCGACGCGGAUCGAACAGCUCGUGGACCCUCCGGUGAUUCCCGCGAUGGCGAGCAAACGGUCGACCGUGCGCGGGAAGAUAAACGAGAUCCUCACGACGGGUCGCUUACAGAAGCUCGAGGAGCUGAAGCGGAACGACCGCGUCGUCGCGGUGCGGGAGCUGACGAGGGUGUGGGGCGUCGGCGAAGCCAAGGCGCGGCACCUCUUCAACGUCGGGAUUAAAACCGUGAACCAACUCCGCGCGCGCCAAAUGAUCGGGUUGAAAUACUUCGACGAGUUCGAUCAGCGGAUGCCGAGAGAGGAAGCGUCCGCGAUCGCGGGGUACGUCGAACGUGCGGCGCGGCGCGCGUGUCCGGGAUGCGUCGCCGUCGCCGCGGGAUCGUACCGCCGCGGGAAACCCACCUGCGGCGAUCUCGACGUCUUGAUCUCGCCGACCCGGGAGUGGAUGACCGCGGAGAGCUGCGGGAGUUUAGGCGACGGAAGAGGCGGCGUCUCGACGUUCAAGGACAUCCUCCCGACGGUGCUCGCGGAGCUGCGGGGGAAGGGCGUCUUGACGGACGACCUCAGCGUCGGGAAGGACUCGUACAUGGGCCUCGCGCGCGCUGAUGCCGACGCCGACGGCGGCGGCGGCAUGGGCGUAGUCCCCGUCGAACCCGCGCGGACGCACCGGCGGAUCGACGUCAAGGUGUACGCCCCCGAGGAGCUUCCGUUCGCGUUGCUGUACUUCACCGGCAGCGGGUACUUCAACCGGAGCAUGAGAUACUGGGCGAAGCGGAGGUUCGGGCUGUCCUUGAACGAUAAGGGUAUUUUUCGCGAGACGUCGAACGCGGCGUCGAAGGUGACGGACGCGGAGAUCGACGACGAGGCGGACGUGUUCGAGUAUCUGCGGCUGAAAUACGUCGCGCCCGAGGAUCGAAGCGUGUGA